CUUACGUCAAAGCAGAAAUGCCGUUAGAAGCCGGUUUUAUUUUUCUACCUAUCUAUCCCGCUGCAUAAACUCGAUUAAACCUAUCAUAAUCCAGGGGAAACCACCUCCUCCGGGAACUGGUCUCUACUUGACAACUCUAUCCAUUCCAUUCUAUUUUGAGUACCUACUUGUUAUAAGGAUCUCAACUUGACCUUUAUAAAUAACAUCACGCAAUCAUGACAACCUGGAAGAUUGAGCGCUGCACCGUGGCCGACGCCGCGGCACUAGCUCGCAAUAACAUGAGCGCCUUCUGGGAGGACCCGAACUGGAAGUUGAUAUGGUCUAAGGAGACCACGCUAGACAUGCUGAUCGAGAACAACGCAAAGCGGUAUCCGCGCAUCCUCGCAACCGACCGCGAGAAAAAGCGCCACGAGAAGGCCGUAGACCCCGCUACCGGGGAGCUCGUCGGCUACGCGCGCUGGGUGCUCCCGUCCGAGCAUCUCGCCGCGGAAGACGGCAGUCCGGAGUGGGCCGAGGCGCAGGUCCCGGACGUCAGCGACGAGGAAAAGGCCCGGUUCGAAGAGCUGGCCAAGUCGGCGCGGCUGGCUACGAGAAAGGAGGCAGAUGGCAUGGACGACAGGAACGACGAGGUCUUGGCCCGUCUCCUAGCGGCGGGAACAUAUAUCAAGUUUGAAUACCUAGCUGUCCACCCCGCCAACAAGGGCAAAGGAAUAGGCAGCGCACUCGUCGAGAGCGGGAUCAGACACGCCGAGAAAAUCGGCGUCCCCCUAUUUACGAUGGCGUACAAGGCCGGCCGGGGCAUCUACGAGCGACUUGGGUUUAAAGAAGUCGAAAGGGUGGUCCAGGAUGCCACGAAGUACGGCGGGACGGGAGAGUACGGGGCUUAUUUCAUGGUUUACGACGUCCCUAAGAAGGCUCCUAUGAGCAAGAGCCAAGGUUUGGGAAACCCGCGAGAAGAGUGCAAUGACUUGGGCGGAAAUAAUGGGGAAUAAAUAAUAGAAUUGCUCCUUGGGUUGCUAACGGGUAUAUUGAUUCCAGCAUGGUGUAGAUAUUUCUACCUACCUACCUCUUGUUCUUAGCUUUGAUCAUGCGCGAAUUGUGCUGUCUAAUACCUACAUCACGAU